AUGAAUAAAACACUUGAAAGAAAUUAAAAUGGAACCUUGAUUAUGAAUUUAAAGAAUUUAAAAAUCAUAUGUGAAAGAGAAGGAUUGUAUUAGAAUCCAGAAAACAAUGACACUUUAUAUUUACAUUUCAAAGGUAAUUUUAUACUUUCAUCUUUUAGGAUUUGAUAAAAUAUAAAAUCUUGAACCAUAUUUCAAUCUUGUUGCUUUAUGGUUGAAUAAUAAUGCUUUAUAAAAGAUUGAAGGAUUAAGUGAACUUAAGAAAUUAAUUAGCUUAUUCUUAAAUCAUAACUUAAUUGACAAAAUUGAAAAUAUUUCUGCAUUAUAAGAUUUAGUUACUUUAAAUUUAAGUCAUAAUUCAAUCAAAAAAAUUGAAAACUUAGCCUCUUUAACCAAACUCUAAAGCCUUAAUCUAUCUCAUAAUUAAUUAACAGAUUAUGAAUCAUUAAGGGAACUUAAAUUUUGUCCAUCUAUAUUGAAUUUAGAUCUUUCCAAUAAUCAUAUUAAUUAUGAAGAAUCAAUAAUUGAAAUCUUUCAACAUUCUUAUACUGCUUGUCUAUAUUUAAAAGCAAAUACUUUUGGUAUUUUUAAUUUAAUAAAAAUAAAGUUAGAGAAUGUCCAAAUUAUAGGAAAACUAUUAUUGUUGCUAUAAAAGCAUUAUAAUUUUUAGAUGAUAAACCUGUAACCCCAGGAGAAAGAAAAAUUAGUGAAGCAUGGUUUUUUGGAGGAAAAGAAGCUGAAUAAUAAGAAAGAGUUUCUUAAAUUGAAUAAAAAAGAGAAUAAGAUCAUUAAAUUUAUUUAUAAACUUUAGAAAGAUAAUAAAGAGGAGAAACACGAAAUUAUUUAUUAAAUUAAUAAUAAAUCUUAUGCAAAGAAAUCAGAUAAUUAUAAAAAUAGUAUUUUGAUGGAGAAGAAGUAGAUGAUCAAUUAGAAUUAAAGGAAAAUGAAUUAAAAAAUAUAGAAUUAGAAUUAGAAAAAUAUCAGGUUGAUACUCUACCUCCUCAUUAAUGCUUUUUAACAACAAAAGAUGAUGAUGGAAACAUAGUCAUUUUAAAUAAAACUGAGGACGUAAAAAUAUUAAUAUGAAAAAAGGAAGCCAAAUAAAUAAGGGACAGGUAUUUCAAUUAAGAAAUGUAAUAAAUUAAUUAAAAGGGUGAUAAUAAAAAUAUAGAAUAAUAGUUAAAUAACUAAAUAUUCGAAUCAGAUGAAGACUAAGAAUGUACAUAAUCAUAUUAAGAAUCCAAAUUUAUUAUUAAUUUAGAUUCAGGCCCAUAAAUACCAAAAAUAGAUCCAAAAACUUAAUAAUUAAAAGAAUGGAAGCAAAAGAGAGAAGGUUGGACUAUAGAUCAUGAUGAAUUAUUAGAAAAUCUACUUAUGUAUCAUCAUUUUAAUUUUGAUGCUGUUAGUGACGAUUUCAAAAGAAUUAUGGCUUUAGAGGAUUAAGAAUUAAUGUAUUUAGAACCUGAAGAUUUAAGAAUAAUUUGGACUUAUAUUGAACUUUCAAAAUAUAGAAAUAAAUUACCUUAAAACAUAGACAAAAUUGAGUGA